AUGCGUGCCACAACUCUGCUAGGCGAGAACCUCGUCUCCCAGUACAUAUGCCCGUCAUGUAGCUGGCGGAUAGUUGGCUUCAAUGGCGCGCGUGGACCCAGCAUUAAACACUCUCAGGCCUCACGGAAUCAGCUGCAAGCUAUACACUCCUCCUCCCGCCCUUCACUUCGAAAAUUACGCCCAUCCAGCAAAUCCAGCACACCAAAAUGGAAAUUUAUAACCACCAGAUUCGUGCACUCCGCUGUGCAGUCGAAAGAGCCCCAGGAUAACUCAUUUGACACUGAUCAAACUUCUUUGCCGUCCAACAAUGAUAAAGAUGCCUGGGAGAUUGAGACUCCUGGCUCUAAGAGGAAGGAUUCAACUCAGGACGCUAUUCGGAAACGGGAAGAGUAUAUCCGUGCCGUUCUUUUAGAAGGACAGCCGGACAAAGUAAUGGCCAUCUUCCUUGAUCCAGGAAAUAACGACUAUAUCAUGCGUCAAUUGCCUGCUACCACUUUCAUAGAAGCUCUCCGGUUGUUAUCUCCAGCAUAUUUCGUUGAACCAUGGAGGAAAAUCCAACGGAGCUUCCAUUCUUCUGCCGCAGAGUACGCCAAAGUCGAGCCUCUCGCGCAAAUCUUCGAUAGGUUUGCUAGAAAUCUAGGAACGAUUGUUGAAGCACGGCGUCGUGCUGGACAUACUCUAGGGCUUGCAGAAUAUACUCAUUUACUAGACUGCGCUCGUUCCAUGGGAGAUGAGGCUAUGGCUAAUACCUUAUGGGAGGAAAUGAUCGCCGAUGGGAUUUCGCCGGAUGUCCUAUGUUAUAACUACUACAUGGAGGCUAAAGUCUGGAACAUGGCCUUCAUUCCCAAGGAGAACCACUCGUUGAGAUCAACACCCUGGAUAUACAGGAAAAGACGCUUCAAACGCAGUAAUCCGGGAUAUAGAGGGUACAAGACGGGAAAGGACGGCGUGCGUGAUGAAGUACACAGCCUCUUCAAAGACAUGGUAGUGGAUGGUCUGGACGCCAACGAGUCCACGUUUAUUCAGUUGAUGAUAGCAUCGGGUCGUGAAUGGGACAUUGCAGCUGUUAAGGAUACCCUGAAAACCGUCUGGAACAUUGAUGCUGACCGUUUGCAAAAGGGAGAAGAAGAUCUUCCCCCGGUAACUCCCUAUCACCCAUCUUCUCCCUUACACCCUACCGAUGAACUUUUACUUGCCGUGGCUCAUAUAUUUUGUACGAACAACGAUAUCCCCACUGCACUACAAUUGGUUGACUUUAUCUCCGUGAAUUACAAUGUGCCGAUACCACAACGUACCUGGAUGGAACUAUUUGUGUGGUCCUACAUUCUUUCCACCAACAGAUAUGGACAGAAUGCAGAAGACAAUAUGAUCGGCCACAUUCCUAAAGACUCCGUGAUUGGGAUUUUUAAGACGAUGACUUCAGAACCUUACAACAUGAAACCUACGCUACAAGUGUACGAUAUCCUGACGAAGUUAAACUGGAGCCGCCAAGCGGUAGAUCCCACCGAGGGCUUCAUGCGUGAUGGGCGAAAAAUGUUUCAAACGACCCUAUCUAAAAGGCGAGUGUUGGCAAAACAGCUCAUCCAAGCAUGGAAGGAUUUAGAACUCGAAAACAACAGUCCCUCUAGUGAGAGCAGCUCCAACCUAGAACAGACUGCGACAAGCAGCCUACGUCGUGUCAACCCCCUAUCUCUCACACCUCCACCCACUGCCCCAAAGGCUUACUGGGAUUUAUACCACCGAUUUCAAGUCGUCCAUAUGGCCACGUGCCGAGAACUUGAUUAUCUUCAGACCUGGGCUCUUUUCAUGCUUCUCCGAAGGCGUUGGACCGGUACCAAGUACGAUUGGGAAAGAAGAGGACUCCCAAAUACCGUGAAUGAAUGGAAAAUAUUUUUACCUCGCAUUGUGCGCUAUCAUAUCACAAACGGAAUGGUUGAAUUUGACCCAGCACAGUUUUGGGGAGACGAUCGGCCAGUUCGGGCAACCCUUCAUUGCUGA